ACCGGGAUCGGGACCGGAGCCGCCCAGCGCCGGCCGAGGAGGCGCCGGCCGGGCUCUCCCUACAGGACGCGGCGGCGAUGCUGUGACCUACAUUCGCGACAAGGAGGUCCCCAGCCCGCCGCCACCGCCGCCGGGCCAUGAAGCGACACAAGUGAGGGGCCAUGGCCAGCCCGGCACCAUGGCUGCGCUGGACACAAACAGAGCUGACGCGCUGGCACGGCGAGGAGGAGGAGGAGGAGGAGGAGGAGGAAGAAGACGACUUUGAAAGGCGGAUGGACGAGGAUGGGGUCAUCGGCCUGGGGGAGGGUGCCAGGAGCCCCCCGUGGGGUGGCAGUGAGGAGCUGGAGGAGGGGUCCCCGGCGCAGGAGGGGCCGUGGCACCCGCGGCAGGAGCCGGCCGAGGAGGAUGAGGAGCGGGGCAGCUCCGGGGCGGACGAGGGGCCCUGGGGGGCGGAGAGCGAUGGGGACCCCGACCCCGAGCUGUCCUCUGGGGGCUGCUGGGGCUCGGGCUCCAGCGGCAGCCCCGAGGCCGUGAGGGCCGGCCGGGCUCUGUGCCGGCCCCGGGGCUGCAGCACGGACGGGGGUGACACCUCAGGGCUCUCGGACGCCAGCCCUGGCCCUGGCCCCCCGUCCCGCCAGCACCGGAGCUGGGGCACGGCCGGGGACGCCAUCGGGGGGCACAGGCAGGAGUGGAGCCCGAGACGGAGCCUCCCCCCGCAGCUCUCCCCCGAUGGCCCCAGCCCCGAGCGUGUGCCCGAGCCCCAGAGAGCUGGCACAGGGAUGGCACCUGCUGGCUCGGCACCCACCGGGCAGCCCCAGGGCGCCGGGAAUGCCCCGGCACCCCAAGGGCACGGCAGAUCCCGGGUGCCCAAGAAAGCAGCGCCCGCCGUGGUGCCCCCCAAGCCCGCCCGGCAGUCGCGGUCCCUGAGCCCCCGGAGGCGAACGGGUGCCAAGGGGACAAAGGAUCCCUCGGGAACGGGCACCGAGGGCACCCAGUACGGCCGAGGGCGCCUCAACCACCCCCUGCCCGACCUGUCCAAGGUGGAGGCGCGGGUGAAGUUCGACCAGAGCUACCGCCCGCCCCGGGGCCGGGUGCUGCCCGCCCGCCCCCGCGGCCCCAUCGGCUUCAAAUCCCCGGCCGAGAUCGUCCGGGAGGUGCUGCUGAGCAGCGGCGAGGGGGCGUCCCCGCAGCCCCCCAGCACGGCCGGGCUGCCGCAGGAGUUCAGGUCCCCCAGACAAGCCACGGCGCUGGUGCAGCAGCUCCAGGACGACUACCACAAGCUGCUGACCAAGUACGCCGAGGCUGAGAACACCAUCGACCAGCUGCGCCUGGGCGCCAGGGUGAGCCUGUUCUCCGACCCGCCCCAGCCCAGCCGCAGCCUCGCCAUGGGCACCGUGGCCACCGGGAGCCGAGUGAUGACCCUGAGCAUCCCACAGGCACGGACAGCGGCUCUGGGCAUGGCCACAGCCCCGGCCUCGCCAGCUGCAGCUGCAGCCCCAGGACCAUCAGAGCAGGGGGGUUCACCCCAGCCUCGGUCCCCUCCUCUGCCCGGGGGGUGCUGCCCCACCUGCCCCGGGCCGUGCUGCUGCCCUGGCCCCCGGCUCACCCGGGCCCUGGCAGGGCAGAGCCGCAGGCUGCAGGCACAGGUGGAAUCCUUCGAAAGCUGGGUGCGUGCAGGGACCCCCACACCCUCGGAACAGCUCCAGAGGAUGAGGAUGCUGAAGGAUGCACAGGAUGCCCUGGAGCGGGAAUACCUGCGGGGCCGGCAGCAGCUCCCAGCGACUGCGGGGGCUUUGAUCCUGACCGGCAGUGGAAGGGGAGAUUUACCGCCUGGGCUGCGCCUGGAGGGGCUGAAGGAGCGGCUGGAGCCGGGGGCCAGGCGGCAGCCCCUCCCUCAGCCCCUCCCUCAGCCCCCCCCUCAGCAGCCUCUGCAGCCCCACUGCCCCCCAGCCCCGUCCCCACCACCGGCCGCCCACUCCCCACGCCCCGAGAGCCCUGCGCUGGUGGAGGAUCCUCAGGGGACAGCAGGGGACAGCGAGGGGGUGGCAGGGGGGCUGCCCUGGCCCCUCUGGCACAAGCAGCGCCAAGUGGAGGAGGAUUUUGGGGACCUGCUGGAGCAGUACAAGCACUUCAAGUCCUUGCCGGAGUCGCUGAGCCUGGAGCGGCUGAGCCUGGUGGGAAGCCAGUCCCAGGAGGAGGUGGAUGCACCCACGGCAGGGGACGGUGGCCCCAGCAAGGUCCCCUGCAGGACACGGUCACUCGAGGAGGAGCCCAACCUCGAGCCCUUGGCCUUGCACCUUCCACAGAGAAGAGCUGCGACCCUUCCCCCCAGAGAACCCCCAAACCUGGAGGAGACACUGGGCCACCCCUCCCCUGCCACUGCUGAGGAGCCACCAGCCUCUGCCAAGCCCCCCCUGGGGGUCCCUGGGCCACCACGGGUGUCCCUGUCCCUCGGUGGGACAGGCAGCGGUGCCACCCAGCCCAGGCCCCACAAGGAGCAGCAGCGCAUCGUGUCCCCAGAGACCGACAGUGGCUUCGUGGGCUCGGAGGCCAGCAGGGUGUCACCCCCAGUGCACACCCCUGAGCACCAUCCCCCUGGCCCCAGGGCUCCGGGCUCUCUGGGACCCUCCAUCCCCAUCCCCAGCAGGCUCCGUUCCCCACGGGAGAGAGAGAUGACCCCGCUUCCCUCGGAGACGGCACUGAUGGGCAUCUACCUCCCGGAGGGCACAGGGGGGCCCCCCAGCAGCCCCUCUCAGAGCAGCUCCCCCCCUCGCUGGGCUGAGGGCAGCGAGGUGGGGCCAGACCCCGACGGUGAUGGCACUCACACGGACUCGGAGGUGGCAGCCAGGAGCUGUGCCAGCGCCGGUGGCCACCCCCCAGCCAUGGCCAGGAGCCCCACCAGCCCCCUGCCCUCCCCACAAACGCCAUCCCCCACCCUCCUGUCCCCCGACCUGCCGUCCCUCGACCCGGCUCACUGUGACCUGCUGGGCUCCCGUCUGGAGCGCGACCAGGCCAUCCGGGCGCUGCAGGACGAGGUGUGGCGGCUGCGGCGGAGGCUGGAGGAGAGCCUGUGCCACUCCCGCAGCUACCCCGAGGGAAAAGGCACUCCCGGUGUCACCCCGGCCCGGAGGCAGCCGGUGGCCAGCCGAGCAUCGGCCCCGCCGGACGCGACACCCUCGGGGGAGCCGAGCCCCCCUGUGCGGGGCAGGGCGGCCCCCAGGGUCACACCCAUGCGGAGGGGAAGGUCGGCAUCGCUGCCACGGAGCAAGCCCGAGCUGGACCUCGGUCUGCAGCUGGGUCCCGGCGGAUGCCACCCCCCUUCCCUGUCCUCCACCGCAGCCUCCGAGUCAGAGCCCGGGCCCCGGGCACCCCCCGCCCUGCGGAAGCACCUUGGGAAGGCCCCGGGGCCGGUGACAUUCCGGGGACAGCACGCAGGGACACGGUACCAGGCAGGGACACCACGUGCCACCCCGGCACCCCGGGAAGAGCCGGGCACCUCGGGGUGUCACCGAUGUCACAGGGGCAGGACGGCAUCAGCUGCAUUUGGGGGAGGUGACACUCCCAGGCACCCCCAGCACAGCACCCCCAGGAGAACGUCCUGCCCCACCUGCCGGGCACCCACGGGCAGCAGGGACACAGCCACACAUGCAGAGCAUGUCCCUGGUGGCUCCUGUCCCCCAGGUCCCCAGGCUGGAGCCCAGAAGCUGGAGCAACCUGGAAUUUGGUACUUGGCAGCCACCCCUGCUGCCACCGUCUGCCUGGCACCCGUCCCCCUCGUGCCUUACGUGCCCUCCAUGCUCUACUGCUCCCCAGCAGUUCCUACCUCAGCCCCAGCCCUGGCCGGGGUCCCCCUCGGUGUCCCCCGGCGGGCAGAGCGUCCCCCCCGGCCCCAGGGCCACCAGCGCCGCCUGAGCCUGGAGCUGGAGGAGCUGGAGGAGCUGAACUGGUGCCUGGGCCGGGCUGUGGAGGCUGCCCAGAGCGCCAGGCUGAGCUCCAGCCGCAUCAGCCGGGCCCUGGCCGCAGAGCUGGGCCGGCCACGGGGCUCCUGCCUCUUCUGAGGGCCCUGCUGGCACCUCCAGGGCCUCCGUGACACACGAGAGGGGGAUGGAGCCCUCAGUGUCCCUCACUGUGUUCUCCCUGUCCAACAUGGGGGCAGAGGUGCCUCCAGCCCCUCCGUGCCGCCAGGAGAGGAGGAUGGGCCCCUCAGUGUCCCUGCACUGUGUGCCCCCUGCCAAACCUGGGCCACAAGGGCUGGAGGUGCCUCCAGGCCCUCCAUGCCACCAGGAGAGGAGGAUGGGCCCCUCAGUGUCCCUCACUGCAUGCCCCCAGCCAAACCUAGGGCAGCAGGGCCAGAGGUGCCUCCAGACCCUCCAUGCUACCAGGAGAAGAGGAGGGACCCCUCAGUGUCCCAGUACUGUGUGCUCCCUGCCAAACCUGGGGCCAGUAGGGCCAGAGGCACCUCCAGAGUCCCCGUGCCACCAGGAGAGGAGAAUGGGCCCCUCAGAGUCCCUGCACUGUGUGCUCCCUGCCAAACCUGGGGCCAGCAGGGCCAGAGGUACCUCCAGACCUUCUGUGCUAGCAGGAGAGGAGAAUGGGCCCCUCAGUGUCCCU